CGGGAGCGUGCUGGAAAUAGGGCACAUGGCGUGCACGUUGCCGAGACUCGGGCAUUUGAUCGAUUAAAUAAUACCGAGGCGGCGACAAUUUGCGAUCAAAUGUAAACCACAUAACUUACCGCACAUCUCUUCUUGCCUUGAAUUUGCGUUCAUCAUCCCACCACUGCAACCCUCCUUUAUCACACACUAGCACGGAUCAUGUGGUAAAUUGAGCUCUGGAGGGUAGCUUUGAUCUCUUCAUCAUGGAGCCAUCAGCCCUCUUCCGCAAUGCCUCGACCUCAAGAAACGAGCUGUUUGCCAAGCUCAAACCAUGCUGUGUUGCAAUCAGCAAAGUGGUCUUGCGCCCGCCUGACCAGCUAGUUGCCGCUGGUAGCUCUGCUCAUUUGCUGCAGCUGACAGAUCAGCUUUGCGGCAUCCUGUCGGACCAGAUCAAGCACAAUGCUGCGGCCUUGGACCCCAAGAUGGCGGAAUAUGUCUUCUUCCCUCUUUCCUACAUAUUCAAGGAGAAGGACAAGUACGCGGCCCGUGUCCUCGAAAACUGCAUCCGGUGCCUUGGAAUGCUUGUCCAGCACGGCUGGCGCUCUGCCGUUUCCACCGAGAUGGCCCAGCAGCUCCUCAUGCUUCUCACAUUCUUGAUCGCCGGCGUUCCCGGCAAGGAUAAAGGUCCUCCGCCGCCUGAGGAGACCGCCUUGGAGAGCUACAGGACGCUCGCCAUCCUGAUUAGGACCGCUUGCCUGUCCCCUUUAGUCUCCGAGUCCCUGGUUGAUGCCGCCGGGCCCCCAAGCCUCGCCCAUGCUGUGACAGUAAUCCUGGAGGGCGUCACAGACGGGACAACAGUCGAUAUCCAACUCGCCGCUCUGGACGCACUCGGGGCUCUUUUCAUCACUAUGAAGGACCGGGCUGCCCUUGCCUCGUUCCUCCCUGGGACGGUGUCUGCCCUCUCCAAACUCCUGUCGCCGCCCUCAUCGAUGAAGACCCAGCGCCGCAUUCUGAUCCGUGGGCUCGAUGUAUUGAGAGGAGUCCUCACGAAACUCCUGGGUGACAUUCACAACAGAGACGCUUUGAGACAACUCGAGGGCUUGAGAAGCGCUAAGGCCAAGGAGGAAGAUGCUCAGGUGAAGGAAGAGCCACCAAGACUGCUAAGUGCCUCCUGGCUGAAGGCCUCGGUCUCUCAAAUCAAAGUAGCACUUGCCUUGGUGUUAAAACUACGCUCCCACGGGGCUGAAGAUGUGAGGGGCGCGAUCGAGAAGUUAUGUCUUUCUCUACUGGACGAGUGCCAUACCUCACUGGCUGACUGCGCCGUGUUCCUUGUCGAGAGCGCCAUCAUAACCUGGAAGGACGACCCUGAGCCUCAGGGUCCAAGGUUCGACAGGCUUCAGCUUGAUCUCUCAGGGGUCUCUCAAAACUCGGUGCUCCCGGCCACGCUGGAGAUCAACACGACGCUGCAAGACCUUGCCAUGAUAUACCCCGAGCUUCAGGACACCACCAAGGCUGUUGUCUACAACUGGGUUACUAGCUUGCCAAGAGUGAUGCAGGCGAGUGAAGAGUCUUUGAAGCAGCAAUCCAUCCGAUCCCUAUCCAAGGGUUACCGACUAGCCAAGGCCAUGCAGAUCGAUUCCUCAACGCUGCACGCCGGAUUGUCAUCAGCUUUGAGGGAUAGUGUUGUUGCGCUUACUGCAGCUCCAAGCCAAAAGGACUCGAUGAGUGAAGUCGACACGGCGGAGGACGAUACCACAGGUCUCAUGGCUCUGGCAAAGCAGGACACACAGGCUCCAACAUUCAAGCCGGCAAUUCUAUCUCACGGCAGCCAAAAGACGACGCGCGAGGCGCUGCUCGAGCUGGUCGCUAACAUUGGACCUCCAUCGCAGCAGGCGCAACUGGCGUCUGGUAUGCUUGAUUGCGCCCGAGAUUCAGAGGGGAUUGACCAGAUUGCACAAUACUGGCUUUCUUUUGAGCUUUCCAAGGCCGCCCUAUCCAACUGCUCCGAGCUCGACGCAUUCAUUGACUUUUCCGCGGCCGACACGGCGGAUGGGCCGGAAGAGAUCUUUAACGAGCUUUACUCCUUCUCCGUCUCGGUCUUGGUUUCUCAUUCCGACAGCAACGAGGUUGACUGGAGGUUGGAAGCCACUGCCCUAGAGGUGACUUCGUUUGCUGCAUCUCGGUCGGGCGAGUCUUUCCGCCCCGAGUUGAUUGACGUCCUGUACCCGACGGCAACGUUCCUCGGAUCUCAGGUGCCGCAACUGCGAGCCCGAGCGGUCGCAACGCUGAAUGGCCUGGCCUCGUCGUGCGGCUACCAGAGCGUGUCAGAGCUCAUCAUCGACAACGCUGACUACAUGGUUAACUCGGUGUCUCUGAGACUCAACACGUUCGACAUCACACCCGCGUCGACUCAGGUCUUGAGGAUGAUGAUUCAGCUGACAGGACCAAGGCUCAUUCCCUUCCUUGACGAUGUGGUUGCCUCCAUAUUUGCGGCUCUCGACAACUACCAUGGCUACCCUGCCUUUGUUGAGCGACUUUUUUCCGUUCUCUCAGAGGUUGUCAAUCAAGGUGUCAAGUCGGACGUUUUGCUAUUGGAGUCAAACAAGGCCGGAACGGUUGACCACAGGAAGAGGUCGCGGCAGACCAUUACUGUGAACGAAAUCGAAUCGGACAUUCUCGAGAGGCGAGAACAAAAGCGCAGGCGCAGGCUGGAGGAAGAGAACGAUGAUGUGGAAGAAAUCGCGACGGGACACCCAAAGGAGCCCUGGAAAUCAGAGGCGGCAGAGCUGCUCAAAAAGAAACAGGAGGAACUAGACGGCACUGGAGCAGAUGGUGAAUCAGACAGCGGGCAAGAGGUCGAGAAGGCCAAGCCACCCCCGACGCCAACCUACGCGCUGCUCACAAAGGUGGCGAACCUUACCCAGCAUUACCUAACGUCUCCGUCGCCAACACUGCGCAAGUCUCUUCUGGACCUGCUCACUACUGCAUCUACAGCAAUGGCGGCGGACGAAGACUCGUUCUUGCCACUCGUCAACUCGCUCUGGCCCGUUCUCAUUACGCGGCUGCGCGAUGCAGAGCCGUAUGUCGUUGCGGCGGCAUGUAGGGCGAUAGCGGCGGUCGCGGGGGGCGCCGGCGAUUUCCUCGCCUCCAGAGUCAAAACAGAGUGGUGGGGAAACCUGGGGCCGUGGUGCCGGAGGGCUAAAGCCGAGGCCCAGGCUUCAGCCAGGGGUACAGGCCGCAGCGGUGGUAAAAGCCACGGGGCAAGCAAAGCAGGCGUCAGCUACCUCAACCUGGCCACCACGACCGACAUUGUGCUCCCCCACCACCGCUCGGGCAGCAGCAGCGCCAUCGAGAGCAGGAAGCCUGCCGUGUCGGGCGGGCUGGGUAGAUUCGCGCAGGCGGCGCUGGUGUGGGAGGCGGCGGUGGAGCUGCUCGCGGCUCUGGCGCUGCACGUAAGGCUGGAAGAUGACGUGUUCGACCAGCUCCUCGAGCUCCUGGGCGACGAGCUGGAGAAGAAGGGUCAGGUUCGCGAGGCGCUCGAGGCCGUCAACGCUGACGCGGUGUGGCUGGCGCUGUACGAGCGCGGAGCGGCAGUGCCAGAGUUCAGCUUGCCCGCCAUGGACGGUGUCGCUUUUGCCCGGGUGGAUCCCGUCCUGCAAGCUGUCGGGAGCAAAGCCUAGCAAUGGAUAUAGGCUGGGUUGGUACAGUACCCCUUUUCCCUUUUGCGAUACCGAAGCUGAAGCACCAAAAGAACGGGCGCCUUGGAGAUUUACACUCGGCACUUUGACCAUGCACUCUUGUACACUUCUCUGCGGGGGCCGGCCGAGGUAGUGAACGAAGAAAUGGCGAGAUAAAAAAGACAGAAUGGGUACAUGGCUGCGUGUGGUUGGACAAGUUGGUGACCUAUCCUGGUUCUAGAGGAACGAAUCGAUAUUUCUGAUAAGCUAUGG